AUGGCGGAUAACGAUCAAGACGGCCUCGUCAGCGAAUUCUGUUCCAUCACUGGCGCGAGCCCCGAAAAGGCGACACAAUAUCUUCAGGCCAACGGCUGGCAAAUUUCUGCCGCAUCCAACUCGUACUUCCAAGACGAAGACGAAGGUGCCGAGGAAGGCUCUUCCGCGGCCCCCGAUGCCAGCUACACAGGUCCUCGAACCCUCGACGGCCGCCCCGCGCCUGCGUCCUCCUCGAGACCUGCGCGGACGACGACGGCCCAGCCCAAGCGCAAAGGCGUCGCCACACUCGGAUCUCUGAGCAGCGCCAGACCCGAGCCCGCCCAUCACGAUGAUGACGACGACGACAGCGACGACGAGGACGAAGAGGACGGCAGCCGUGGCAACCUGUUUGCAGGUGGCGAAAAGUCGGGUCUAGCAGUAAAAGAUCCCGCCAAGCAGGACAAUGGCCCUAGAAAAAUCAUCAGCGAUAUCCUGGCCAAGGCGCGAGAAAACACGGGCCGCCCCGACCAGGAAAACGAAGCGAGUAGUGCCCCUCCACAGCAGUUUCGCGGCACCGGCAUGACCCUCGGCGGCGACGGCGUCGAAAGCCGCAGCAUCCCCGACCCCAACGGGCCCCUCCAGCCGCGCGGCGGCGAACCCAUCGAGCGUGUGCUGCACAUCUGGCAGAACGGAUUCAGCAUCGACGACGGGGAGCUACGGCGCUUCGACGACCCCGCCAACCAAGCGGACCUGGCUAUGAUAAGAUCCGGCCGCGCGCCUCUGCACCUCAUGGAUGUCCAGCACGACCAGGCCGUCGACGUUAAGCUCGAGCAGCACGAGGGCCCCUACAAACCCCUUCCCAGGAAGUACAAGCCCUUUUCGGGCUCAGGCCAGCGCCUGGGAAGUCCCGUGCCAGGCGCUCCGGCUCCGGCUCCGGCCGCCGUCUCUAGGAGCUCUGCUGCGGCUGCGGGCGGUGCCGCUCCCAGCAGCCCGAUUCCUGACAUCGAUGCGUCGCAGCCUACGGUUACGAUUCGCCUGCAGCUCCCUGACGGCACGAGACUGCCGGCUCGAUUCAACACAACCAACACUCUUGGUGACGUGUACGACUUUAUUAGCAGAGCGUCGGCAGAGACACAAACGCGUGCGUGGGUGCUCGCCACCACAUUUCCUAGCAAGGAGCACACAGACAAGAGUCUGGUGCUUGGAGAAAUGCCAGAGUUCAAAAAGGGAGGUACUGCGGUUGUCAAGUGGAAAUAG